GCGAGGGGCCUGAAUGUCAAGCAAUCGGUCUCUGUCGCUGCCGACUCGAACGUUGACCUCACCAGCCCCGUAUCGGUCAUCGAUGGAGUGACACUGCAGUCUGGCGACCGGGUGUUGCUGAUGGGCCAGACGCUUCCUGUGCAAAACGGCAUCUUUGCCCUCGGGACCGGCGGAUUCCUGGCGAGAACGCUGGAUUGCCCACCGGGCACAUCUGCCAUCGGCAUUUUUGUGUUUGUCGACCAGGGCACAUAUGCCGAAGUCGGCUUCAUUGCCUACUCGAGCACCGACCCAUGUAUCGUCGGCACCGACCCGGUCGAGUUCAGCAAGUUCUCGGGCACCAUCUUCCUUGCGGGUAUGGGCCUGGAGAAGGACGGCAUCACCUUCAAUGUCAAUCUCGGUGCCGACUCUGGCCUCUCGCUCACUGGAGGCACUCUCCAGAUCGACCCGUCCAUUGCUGGGUCGGGCAUUACCUUCAGUGGCGGCGUGCUCUCAUCGACGACAGCGGUGAGCGUCGGGACCCUCACGACCGGCGUGUGGAAUGCAAGCACCGUUGGGGUCGCUUGGGGAGGGACGGGUAUCACCCAGGUCAAUCCAAAAAGUCUGGUCUAUGGGUCGUCGUCCUCGAGCACAGGCCCACUCGAAAACUCGCCGAAUCUCACAUACGAUUCAAGCAUCCAGACCCUCUUUCUCUCCGGGCUGCCCAUCGUGCCCAAUACAGGCGCAACGGCGCUCGUGGUCAACUCGUCGUUGUCGGUGUUCUCGGACCACAUCGAGCUCAUGAACCCGCUCUCCAUCAGCCAGGGAGGAACCGGGUCGAGGGCGGCGGCAUUCACGAGCAACGGUAUGGUCUAUGUGUCCAGCGGCGGCGGUGCGCUUGUGUCGACUCCAGGGUAUACGGCCGGGUCUGUGGUCAUUGCCGAUUCCAAUGGUGUGCCUCGGCCGAUUGCGGGUGCUCAGCUGCGGGCUGAACUCGGGCUGGCAAUCGAGACCGAUGUGCAGGCCUAUUCGAGUGUGCUCGACUUGCUCACAGCGACAGGCACCCCGAAUGCCCAGGACAUGAUCGUGGCUACGGCGAAUGGUGUCUAUGCCCGGCAGACACCAAGCCAGGUGCGAGCCAACUUAUCGCUCGGCACCAUUGCGCUGCAAAACACCGUUGGGGACUCAAACUGGGCUGGAGGGCCGCUGUCGAUCGGCAAUGGAGGAACGGGCAGGACCAACUUUACAGAUACAGACGGCAGUGUCCUAUGCACUGUGGGUGGAGCGCUGGUCACCCAGAACCUGCUCACAGUGGGGUCGUCGCUGGCGGUUCUUGGGGUGCCGUUGCAGGUGGGGUCGGUCGUUGCGCCGUCUGGCAGCUAUCUCGGACUCAAUGGAUAUGCACAGAUCUACACCGAUCACGCUGUGAUUCCGCAUCUCCAGUCGACACUCGUCGAGUCCCAGUCGCUCUCUGUGUCUGCGGCGACGGCAGAUACCCUGGUGCUGUCGACAUCGCUGCAGUGCCCUGUCGGAAGCAUCACGACGCUCACAUCCAACACGUUGAAUGCACCGACCAUCUACACCAGCUCGCUCAUGGGCAGCAGCAUCUCGUUUCAGAGCACGCUGACGGGGCCGACGGUGACGCUGUCGUCUUCCCUCACGGCUCCGGCGGUGGCCACGGAUGCCAUCAACACAGCGACGUCCGGCGGCACCCUCAUGCUCCAGAGCGGUGUCAUCGAGGCUACAAACUCGGCUGUGACGAUCCAGGCUCCAGCGACGUUUAACCAGGAUGUGUCGUAUGCGAAGAGCGCUACGAUCGACGGGGAUGUCACGAUCAACGGCAAUCUGGCUCUGAACGGCGGGUUGGCAUGGAAUGGGACGGUGAUCAUAGAGCCUACGGUCGGCGUGGCCAGUAUAUUCAAUGCGACCUCGGUGGUGGUGUCGAACUCCAAGGUGAUCAAUACCCUCAACGAGGUGCUGCUGAGCGUCGUGUUCCAGGUGACCCCGAGUGCGGCCAAUAUCCAGUGCACGUUCAUGUUCUCGCUGCCGGGCAUGACGAGCCCCCUCACCAACGCAUUCGAUGUGAUCGCAUGCGCGAGUGGAUGGACGGACACGUAUGUCAUCCUGCAGAACCUGCUGGUCUGUGGAGUGGCCAGCAGCGACUCGUGCUUGCUGCAGUUCCAGGCGGCCGGGACUGAUGUGCACUACAUCCAGGUCAUGGUGCGGUAUACCGCUCCUCAAUAGGGGAUGAUGUGAGGGAUAGCUCCUGCGUGUUCUCCACUUUGACUGCACACUUGACUGAUCAGUUGUUGCUGGGGUGAGUGGAUGGUGGGGUGUCGAAAGAGGGAGCGCGUUUUGGAUCAGAAGAAGGGAUCCUGACUAGGGCAAGGGUUGGGCCGG